GUCGUCCUCAAAGUGAACAUCUGCAACCUCAUCGUCCCCACGCUUCCCAAAGACUGUGAUAUUCGCGCCUCACAUCACAAUCACACACAAUCAAAAUGUCUACCUCCGAGCUGGCUACGUCGUACGCGGCGCUCAUUCUCGCCGACGAUGGUGUUGAGAUCACUUCCGACAAGUUGCAAACACUCAUCAAGGCUGCCGGUGUUCCCGACAUCGAGCCCAUCUGGGCUCAACUUUUCGCCAAGGCUCUUGAGGGCAAGGACGUGAAGGACCUGCUCUCCAACGUCGGCUCGGGUGGUGGCGCUGCCGCCCCCGCUGCCGGUGGCGCUGCCGCCGCUGGUGGUGCUGCUGAGGAGGCCAAGGUUGAGGAGAAGGAGGAGGAGAAGGAGGAGUCCGACGAGGACAUGGGCUUCGGUCUCUUCGACUAAACGGCUUUCAAGCCUACGACUUCACUUUCCCUUUUGUA